AAGACAUAGUGAGCAUUGGCUGUUCCUAAAGUGCUCUCUUUUCCGGUGUUGUGGCAUGAUUUAAUGUGCUUUUAUUGGAUGUAACUUCCUAGUGUUUAGAAUUGGGAGCUGAAGGGGAAACAAUUUCUGAAGAUGAAUUCCACACAUCUAUCCCUUUUUCUCCAGUAUUCACAGGGAAAUUUUAAAUGUUCUUUCUAUAUCAGUACUAAAAGUAAGCCUGAAGUACAUCCCAGUUAAAAAAAAUAGACAUAAUAUUUCUAAAAUAGACAGUUACUAUGUUUAAGAGACGUACAUCACAGCCCAGUAAAAUGGACAUGAUUUAUGAAAUAUACCCAAUAGAUACUUUAUGUGAGUGUUCUAGAUUUGAAGUGCUGAAAGUUGCAUUUGUUUAUUGUUCUUUAAUUUAUUUUUUCCAGGUUUUUCACUCCAUCCAGGAGACCUGCAAUGAACUUCUGAAGAUAGUUGAGAAGUAUCAACUAAGACUCAAUGUUAUAUCAGAGGAAGAAAACGAACUAGGGCUCUUUUUAAAGCUCCAAGCAGAACGGGACGCCACUCAAGCUGGCAAAAUGAUGGAUGCCGCCGGCAAGGCACUCUGUUCCUCAGCCAAGCAAAGACUGGCCUUGUGCACUCCCCUGUCUCGUCUUAAGCAAGAAGUAGCGACGUUCAGUCAGAGGGCCGUUUCUGACACCUUGAUGACCAUUAAUCGUAUGGAGCGGGCUCGCACAGAGUAUCGAGGAGCCCUGCUAUGGAUGAAGGAUGCAUCCCAGGAGCUUGACCCAGACACCUUCAAACAAAUGGAAAAGUUUAAAAAGGUACAGAUCCAAGUGAGAAAUAGCAAAGGUUCUUUUGACAAGUUGAAGAUGGAUGUCUGUCAGAAAGUGGAUUUGCUCGGAGCUAGCCGCUGCAAUAUGCUGUCUCAGUCUCUCACUACCUACCAGAGAACAUUGCUUGGGUUCUGGAAGAAAACAGCUCAAAUGAUGUCCCAAAUCCAGGAGGCCUGUGCUGGCUUUCAUCCGUAUGACUUCAUAGCUCUCAAGCGACUCCAGGACACGCCAGGCAGUCUCACCGCAGACUACAGUGAAGAAGCAGAAGGCAGCCAUCUCACUGCCAACCUCAAUAAAGUAGCUUUGUCAGAAGAGGAGGAGAGAUUUGAGAGAGAACCAGCAGCCGCCAGAGCUCGGCCCAGAGACUCGCUGGAAGGAGACGACUUUGAAAGGGAAUUCUCGUUUCUGAACAGCCUCCUGAGCCCCACGUCUUCAAGUGCUGGUGAAUGUACCCAGGAGUGCCAGGCGCCCUGCAGGGGCCCCAGCGCUGGCCUCACCUCCCCGGAGCCGCCAGUGGGAUGGCCUCUCUCCUCCUCCUCCCAGUUCCUUCCUUCUCAGCUCCUUGACCUUGGCCUCCACGCUGGAGCGUUCAACAGCUGGGUCUCCCAAGAGGGAUCAGAACACUCAGAUAACCUGCCAGUGCCUUCACAGAGUCCAAAGAAAUUAAAAUCCCCCAACAAUGGGAACCAAGACAUGUCAGCCUGGUUCAAUCUAUUUGCAGACCUGGACCCUCUGUCCAACCCAGACGCCAUCGGACACUCAGACGACGAGCUUCUCAAUGCCUGACUGGGGUCACAGGUUCAGGGGUCUCAAGGCAUCAACUGUGCAACACUCGCCUUUGUGGAGGGCUCCCACUGUGAUCACACCCAGAAGCGUGUGUUCAAGACAGAUCACCUGCCUGCCAACCUCAGUCAGGGGGUCUGGCGUCUGAGCAGCCUGUGUGUUUAUUAUGCUGUGCAAGCUGUUGAUAGUAUGUGGAAAUUUUUAGAAACUCCGAGUCUGCAAUACUGAGAAGCCAAACUUACGUCUAAUCACAGGAGCAUGGCGUAUUUCUUUGGGUAGUGUUUUAUAUUUAAGUCACUUUGCUCUAAGUGGGUCAAGAGUAGGAACAAAGCGGCUGUAGUGUGGGGUUAGUUUUUGGAUACUGGCAGGCGUUUUCUGUUUGGGGGAACAGCAGUAGAAUAGAAAGCUCUCUCCCUGGUUAUAAUGUAGAACAAGACUAGAGAACUCGGGCCGCUUUACUGAAAUUAGAGAAACUUGUGCUUGCUUUUCUGUAUUUGGAAGCUAAACGCAAUGUUACUUUCAUUCACACACAAUCAUGGGGACCCCUGAAAAAUCACUGAAUUCUCAUGGGGAACACAGCAGGAUGGAACUCCUCUUCUGUAGCGAUGGAGAAAGCAGGACUGGACGGGCUGUUUCACAAACUGCUGCAGUAUGUGUGGUGACACAUUCUCCCCACAAAGGAGAGUGAGGGAGAGAGCUACCUACCCGGGCAAUCUUCCCGAAACCUCCAGAAACUUCUCCAACACCUCAUCUUUAUAUCCUUAUCUCAUUUCUUCACGUGGUUUAACCCCCAAGUCUUUCUGACAGACAUGGAAAAUUCCACAGGAAGUACGGGGCGGCCCACGUUCUUCCUUCCCGUCUAACCCGAGGUGACAUUUGAUCUCUAAGCAAAACCUGCCGGCAGAGGCUGAGAAUCUACGUUCUGGAGGGAAGGAAGGGUUAGUGGCGGCUGGGGAAGGCCGUGAAAGCACAGCUCAGAGAUGUGUCGUUCACUCAGCUCCCCACCCACCCUUGAACGUGGGGAGUCUUCCAUCAACCUCGAGGAAUGAUCACUUCCAUCUCGGUUCUGUGCUCUUUCUUUGCAAGAGUAUUCUUCCCAAUGAGUGACUUCACAGUUAUCUGUCUAUGGUCUUCACAGGUGUCAGAAGCAGCCUGUUAUCUGGUAUAACCAUACUUCAGUGAGUGAGCAGGAAAUCAAUGUCCUCUCCAGACAAAGUCUAAACCCUCAACUAUGAAAAUGAAGGGUCAAUACCUUCCAUUUUCCCAGAUCAAAGUUACCACAAAUCAACACACAUGCAAUUAUCACUACUCAGUUUUUGGUUAUCUUUCAAUACAGUGUAUGGUUUAUUUCCUCGUUAGCCAGGAAGCCACAUCAACUGCCUUACUAAGUUUUGUUAUAACUUCAAGUCAAACAAUUCUAUUCGGUAACUCAUUAAAUGAAAGUUAUUUAUACUA